AUGAAAGUGAAUAAAUAUAAAAAAGUAAUUUUAUUUGACGAAAAAAGUGUUUCUGAUCAUUCAAAUCAUAUUUCAUGUUAUAAACUAGUAAGUGAACUUGAAAAAAAAUUUAAAAGUAUAAAAUAUUUGUAUCUUAAAACAGUAAAUCUCUAUAAAAAAUAUUUGAUAUUAAUGAGAUAA